GGCGACCGGGAACGAGAGCAGCCUCCAUCGCUCCAGAGACCUCGCAGCCGCCCUCCUCUCCCCUUUCCCCGCCGGAAAAUCCCGGGGAGCCGCGCUUCCCUUCCCCCUAAAAAGGUGCCACAUGGAGUCAGAAACCAACAAGCCAUCAACAAGGCAUAAUUAAACAAAAAAAACCACCAACAGACCUUUCUUAAGAAGUCCCUAUUUUUACUGCUGCUUAUGGAGGAUAAUCUAUGUCAAGUUGAUUUCUAAACAAAAUAAAAUUUUGCCAGACAAUGUGAAAAGGCACCAGCGGCCUGCCUGCGACCCUUAUUGGUCUCACUUGGUGUCGGUUUUUGCCGCAAAUUCAUUUUUUUACAUUGGGUCUUUUGUUAUACACCCUAAGGUCAGCUUCAAGGGAUGAGAUAGCACCCGCCAAAAGUUCAGGAAGUCUCUUGUGAGAAGAGAAAUUUGAGUGUGGUGGAGAAAGAGGCUUCUACUGGGAUUAGUCUGCCAACAAGCCCACUCCCCCACCUCCUGAUUCCAGAUUCAGGGCUUCGCAGACUGGGUGGGGAAAUGGAGCCUCAAACUGUGAGACCAGAACGAGAAGGAGGGCUGGGAGAGGAUAAUAAGCCCUCCAGCAUGGCUCAAUCGGACUGUGUGAGGGAGCAGCCAGGAUGGAGAGCAUCCCGAGAGAGCAAGCAGGAGCCCUGCAACGGGAUGCAGCAGCGCUGGGAGGCCCAGUGGCAGGAGUUCCUGACAACGUUGCAAUCUCCCUCCAUGACUGAGAACCCAUUGUCACUGGAGGGUGCUACAUGGGACGAUGCCAAGGCCUUUCUGGCCUCCUUCGAGCAAGUGGCCAUAGCUUGCCAGUGGCCUAGGGAAGAAUGGGCAGCCCGGCUCCUGCCUGCGCUGAGCGGGGAAGCCAAACAGGCCUUCGUUGCCCUAGAAGCCGGAGACAGGAAGGACUAUGGGAAGGUGAAGGCGGCCAUCUUGCGAGGCGACGCUAUCAAGAUGGAGGUGCAACGCCAGCACUUCAGGAAGUUCCGCUACCAGCAGGUGGAGGACCCCCGGAGGAUCUACCUCCAGCUGCAGGAUCUCUGCCACCAGUGGCUGAAGCCGGAGAGACGCAGCAAGGAGCAGAUCCUGGAGUUGCUGGUCCUGGAGCAGUUCCUGGCCAGCCUCCCGCCAGAGCUACAGAGCUGGAUCCGAGCAGGAGGACCGGAGUCGUGUUCGCAGGCUGUGGCCCUGGCAGAGGAGUUCCUGAUGGCCAGCCAGCAAGACUUGGCCAAGACUGCAGAGUGGCAGAAGCCACUGCAGGAGGGUUCCCUGAAAGCUGAGGAAACAGAGGAGCAAAGUAGUAGCGACGGUCUCUGUUUGCCUGGCAGUGGAAGCCAAGGUCCAAGAGAUCACAGCAACUUGCUUCCUCCUGAAGGACCAGAAACGGCCAUGUCGGGUCAGGCUAAGGGGCCAAUGAAUCUCGAGGAAACUUCACACAUGAAUGAGCCCACUCCAGCCCAGCCAGGCCAGAGGACCAUGUUUUGGCAAGUCAUGCAGGAAGACGAUAGAGAUACAGAAUCUUUGGGUAAGUCUCUGCUCCAUUAAAGCCCUGAUAUAUCG